UAUUUCGAAUAAAUUUUUAAACGCAAGUGUUGAAGGUAUCUCAAUUUACAUUUAAACGCAACCAGCUCAAAAUGCCAAUCGAAAAUCUCGAAGAGCAGGGAUUGGAGAAGAAUCCCAAUCUAGAGCUAUCGCAAAUAAAGUUUUUGCUAAGUUUGCCGGAAUACAAUCCAGAUAAAUCUUUGGCGGAUAAAUUGCUUUCUGCGAUAAAGGAAGACCAUAUGGGUCCAUGGUAUGAGGAAGUCUGCAAAGACUUAGGAUGGACCCUAGACCACCAACUGCUCAACGAAAUGAAAGAAGUAAAUCGCAAGAAACUAGAAGAAUUGGACGCCGUUAUAGAUGAUGCCGAAAAAAAUUUGGGAGAAAUGGAAGUGAGAGAGGCCAACUUGAAGAAAUCAGAGUAUCUUUGCCGAAUCGGGGACAAAGAAGGCGCAAUUUCUGCUUUUAGAAAAACUUAUGCCAAAACAGUGUCUCUUGGUCAUCGAUUGGAUAUUGUUUUCCACAAUAUUCGCAUUGGAUUGUUCUAUCUAGACCAUGACUUGAUUACUAGAAAUAUCGAAAAGGCAAAAACUUUAAUAGAAGAAGGUGGAGACUGGGAUCGACGAAAUCGUCUUAAGGUUUAUCAGGGAGCUUAUUGUGUAGCAAUACGUGACUUCAAAGCAGCUGCAAACUUCUUCUUGGAUACUGUUAGUACGUUCACCAGCUACGAGCUAAUGGAUUACGCUUCUUUUGUGCGCUACACGGUUUAUGUUUCAAUGAUUAGUCUGCCUAGAAACGAAUUGAGAGAUAAAGUCGUAAAAGGAGCAGAAAUUCAAGAGGUUUUACACCAACUGCCCGAUGUCAAAGAAUAUUUGUUUUCCUUGUAUAACUGUCACUAUGCUGACUUUUUCAAGAACCUUGCGCUAGUUGAAACAGUUCUUCGUAAGGAUGUUCUCUUUCAUCCUCAUUACCGUUUCUAUGUUCGUGAGAUGAGAAUUCUCGCGUAUACUCAGCUUCUUGAAUCGUACCGUUCGCUUACACUGCAGUAUAUGGCCAAUGCAUUCGGCGUUAACGUAGAUUACAUCGAUGCCGAGCUGUCGAGAUUCAUCGCUGCAGGACGACUACACUGUAAGGUGGAUCGUGUUGGGGGAAUCGUUGAAACCAAUAGACCAGAUAAUAAAAAUUGGCAAUAUCAAGCUACGAUUAAGCAAGGUGACAUUCUGCUUAACCGCGUACAAAAACUUAGUCGCGUCAUCAACAUUUAAAUCUCGCAAAAUGUAUUUUUUCUCUUGCAAAUAAAUCUAUCAUUGAAGACAGG